UUAUAGAAAUCUAUCAUUUUCUAUCAAUUAGCUUAUAUAAGGACAACCUAUCAUGUUUUUGCUAUUCCAAAUAUAGCGUUUAGUUGCGGAAAUAUCGAGCAAUUUGUUAAGUACAUAACAUAAUUACCCAUUCGAUAUUAACUUUAAUUAUUUAACAUUCAGGUUAAUUCGUUUAUUAGCAAUCAAUCGAAUUAUCUUUAAAGAUCCUUCAAAUCUUUAUUAUCACGAAAUACCGAUUUAGCCCGCAGUUAUUUAUACACGUCUUAUGUAAUUUUCUUUAGUUAUAUGUUGUAACUAGAGCCUGUAGACAUGAAGUUGGUUUUAAUAGCCACCUUCUCCUUGAUCCUACUCGUUAAUUGCGAGCCGCAACGUGGCUACCCAAAUGAUGAGCAGUUGACCAUAAACUCUAAUAGCAAUCGAAAUGAGAAUCGUAAUAAAAACGAUCGCCGCAAGGAAGGGAACCCGAGAAAUCAGGAGAGAGUUAAUGAAGAACGUGAUCAGAGAGAGUAUAGAAACCAAGGCAGAGAAAGAAGUCGAGGAAAUCAAGGUUCUGAUAAUGUAGAUGGCCGUGUGACAGAAAGACACGGAGCAUACGGUGGGAACUAUGGAUAUCCUUCGCAUGAAGGAUUGAACUACGCCAACGUAGCCGAACUCCUCUCGGGUAGAGACAACUACAGCGAACUUAAAAAGGAUGACAGACGUAACAAGGAAUAUAAGAAUCGCGAAUAUGAUCCAUACUAUCAAAAAAUUCCGAAUGAUUUCUACGAAAGGUUUCCCUACCCCGCCUUUGCGGGCCGCACAGGUCUAGGAUUUCAGAGAAGAACUUAUCUCGUUAAUGGCUACACAAGCCCUCUUUCCCAAGAGUUACUGGAAAUUGUAGGAAAACGUCGGGACUUUGAAUAUGACAAAAACCACAACAGAGUGAGCGAUUAUUAUGAUCUAUAUGAACCUAAGCAUGAGCCAAGAUAUGAUGACAGUGAGCUGUAUUACGGCAAAAAGGAGUAUAAAUAUGAAAGACAAGAUCUAUAUAAGACUCCCUAUCCCGAAGUACGGCCUUUAGAAUAUCAAAAGGGUUUGGUUAACGGUAUUAAUAAUCCCAUAGGAAGGGAACUUUUGGAAACAGGUGGAAAAAACUAUAACUACAAUAGUGCUUAUUACCCAAAUUUGUACUAAAUUGUAACGACUAUACCGAUUCUAAAAAUAUAACAUGCAAUU